AUGGUCAAGAGAGUGAUCGAAAUCUGGCAGCGGUAUUCGAAGCCAAUGCAACUAACGUUUCUGGACUUUGAAGCCGCGUUUGACUCUCCUCACCGAGGCCGUCUUCUCAACGCGUUCCGCGCCGACGGAGUACCAGGAAAGUUCGUCCGCUUGCUUGAUGACAUGAAUCAACGAACAACUGCUGCAGUUCGAACACCAGCCGGAUGUACAACACCGUUUGAAGUGGUAACUGGAGUAAGAUAA